AUGGGACCAGAUUUCACAGAGUCGACUCUGCCGACGUGGACGAGCGUAUUCACAGCACCGACAGCGACAAGCACAAGCAGCCUGGGAGCCGGAGACAGCCCGGGGCGAGACGACGACGAAGAUGCCCUGCAGCGGUGGUCGUCCCUGAUUGGCAUCAUCACGGCCAUUGUCGGCAACGUGCUGAUUGCACUUGCUCUCAACGUCCAGAGAUAUGCGCACACACGGCUGCACAAGGAGCGCAAAAGGCUAAAACAAGAGGCUCGGGCAGCCUUGAAGCGAGCGCAUAGCAGUAGUAGCAAUGGGAGCACGCAGGUCGGCGUCUACGGCACCAUCAUCAGCGACGAUACAGGAGAUCAUUACCAAAAUGGCCGUUCAAGUACAAACGGAAACGGCCACGAGAGAGGGCUGUACGAUGACCCCUCGGACGACGAGCACGAUUUCGCCGAAGACGAGCCCCUGAUGGCCUCGUUUCAGUCCAGCGCAACGACGGCGAGCUCCGAUACCAAUACCAAAUCAGACAAAAAGCCAUCCUCAAACUAUCUAAAAUCGCCAUACUGGUGGCUCGGCCAGAUCUUGAUAACGUUGGGAGAAGCAGGCAAUUUCCUAGCGUAUGGCUUUGCGCCGGCCUCCAUCGUCUCGCCUCUCGGAGUCGUUGCGCUGGUGUCCAACUGCAUCAUUGCACCCGCCAUGUUUCACGAAAAGUUUAGAGUUCGCGAUUUUUGGGGCGUUGUCAUUGCUGUUUCUGGCGUUGUCACCGUCGUAUUGAGUGCGAAUCAGGAGGAGACGAAACUGAAUCCCCACGACGUCUGGGGAGCAAUUACCACGAUGGAAUUCGAAAUCUACCUUGGCGUUACGACGUUUCUCAUCAUCGUGCUCAUGUGGGCUAGCAGAAUAUAUGGAAAACGCACUAUCCUGAUUGACCUCGGCCUUGUCGGCCUCUUUGGUGGAUAUACGGCCUUGGCCACCAAAGGUGUAUCAUCGAUGCUCUCCACCAGCUUUGUUGGGGCUUUCACAACGCCUGUAACAUAUGCCCUCAUAUUUAUCCUACUAUCGACUGCCAUUAUGCAGAUUCGCUAUGUCAACAAGGCUCUAUCUCGCUUCGACUCGACUCAAGUCAUCCCCAUUCAGUUCGUCAUGUUCACACUGUGUGUCAUCAUCGGCAGCGCAGUGUUGUAUCGCGAUUUCGAAAAGACGAACAAGAAGCAGGCCGCCAAGUUUGUCGGUGGCUGUCUUCUCACAUUCUUUGGCGUCUUUCUCAUUACUAGUGGAAGAGACCACAGAGAUGAUGACGAGGACAUGCUCUCCGAGACUGACGGCAUCGAAGAAACUAUUGGGCUGAUGCAGCACGACGGUACCGCCUCAUCUUCUGCGCUUCCACAACCUCAGCAUGAUCAGCGGCGCCUCAGCAUGCCGACUCCUAAAACACCCUCUCGCCGAUCUAGUAGAAUGUCGCGAGUGAGUUUCGCCGACAGAGUCAAGUCCGAUUCGCCUCAUGGCGCCCUUGAACCUCCAUCAACGCAUUAUUUCGAAUCAGCACACUCUCCAGCGCAUCUCAGCGGCGACGAAGCACAUGUUCUUGUAAAUAACCCAUGGCAAGGCCUGUCUGGAUUGGGUUCAACGCCUGUACAACCACAUCCUCUCUCAUCUUUCAAGGAGCCUCAGGUGACUCCAUCACAUUCCACCGAUCGACCCGUAACACCUCGGGCGGCACAUAUCACCACAGCAGUCAAGGAUGUCAUACUUCGGGAAAACGACAGCCCAGAGGCGACUGCAUCAUCUCUACGACGCAUACGAUCCAGCAUUCGAGCGAGUCUAUUCUUCAAUAGCGAUGACGAGGAUGCCCUCAUACCCGAGCGCAUCGCGGAAGAGCCCAUCAUUCCUUACUCAGACGACAAUCUACCCCAAGCACUAGGCCAUGAAGAUGCUGGGCCGAGCACAGACGCGAAAAUCUCAAGGGGGAGAGCACGGAGUCUGAGCGACACAAUUGGAGAGUUUUUCCGGCCUAAAAAGCAGAAGAAGGCCGAGGCGGCCGAAGAAGACGAACAUUUAUUAGAUGGCGACGACGAGCAGCAAUCAAGUCGCAGUCCAUAA